GAAGCAGGUGGAAGGACAGCUGAAGUCUGCUGUGUAAAUGCGAAAGAGGCAGGAAAUCACGGCAGGAUAUUAACCAAUUCCAUCGUCUUCUCAGCACCUCUGACCAUGGUCGAUGUGAAACCUGGAAGACAAUCUGGAGAAGUAACGGUUGAUAUAUCUACAUCUGGCAGCUGAUGGUGUGCCGUUUCAAAUAAGCAAAUACUGCAUUGGCCUACUGUUAGUCCUGCAUUUUGGCGAGCACGCCAUCAUGGACCACUCGGAUCUGACUGAAUCCCACGCCAAAGAGGCCACUAGAACACAUCGCUCUUCAUCCUCUCCAUCCGAAACCUCGAGUUCAGCACCCAUGUCGCCGUCAGCCCUGCCACAGGCAAGUAAUGGUGCUGAUCGAGCUGUAAGUAACGGGCACUCCGCACAGCGGCAAUCCGGCUCGACCGAUGGCCUCAGAAAUCGAGAUUCCGGAUCUGGCAACGGUCAUGCAAAGAAUGCAGCACAAAGAAAUGGAGGGAACACCGAUGCAUCAAACGAUCAGUCGGAAUUGGACGAUUCACAUGUCGCGUGGUAUACUCGACUGGCGGAGAGAUAUGGCAGUGUAGAACUCGAAAAUAAAGGAAGCGUCGCUCGAGAUCAUCUUGCAUUAGAACGCACAUUUUUGGCCUGGUUGAGAACCUCGCUAGCUUUUGCUUCCAUUGGCAUCGCAGUGACCCAGCUCUUCCGCCUGAACGCGACCAGCGCACCAUCUUCCGACGUAUCCUCUCAACAGUUCCCUUCUCUCCUUUCACCCCCUUUCUAUGAUCCUGCAACGAUAAAGAUCACGUCUGAAUCACAACGACUGCGGAAUCUCGGCAAACCUCUCGGAACGACGUUCAUUGGAAUCGCCCUGAUGAUUCUUCUGAUUGGGUUCCACCGCUAUUUUGAAAGUCAGUACUGGAUCAUCAGGGGUAAAUUUCCGGCGAGCCGUGGAAGUGUUGCUCUGGUAGCAAUUGUUGCGGCCGCUUUGAUCGUAACCACUUUUGUCGUCAUACUCGCAAUUUCGCCGAGUGCUACUGAGACUUAAGGCAAAUAGGAACAUGGAGCAUCGUCUCCCAGGCGACUGGCGUUAUUGUACGGGCAUUCAACAAUUGCGUUCACAAUUUAUGUUGAUCUGUUUCAUUUCAGUGUAUAUCCCUUUCACUACCCUAUAUAACAAACAGUAUUGGGGCCAAAGGUGGAACCUUGAUUAUUUCUGGCGCCAUUAUUAUCAAGACCUAGAUCUAGACUAUUCAAGCUCAACAAGGUGCCGCUCGCAAGUAA